GUCACUUCCUGUGCGAAUGUUUAUACCAAUACUUCUGAUAAAAGCUAUGGCAAAAUAGUUUUAAUUUUGGGUAAUUUUUAUAAACAACAGCAGCUUUAAACCCUCUCGUAAUGUUAAUGAUAAAGCGUUUUGUCCCUGAAAUGAACUGUACACAUUAAAGGCUUUAAGAUAACGAAAUCUGAACAGAGUAAAUCUUGCCCGAUUUAAACAUGUUGACUUAAAAGGAAAUCAGUGGAAAUCAAUGGAUAGUAUACCUCUUCUAAAAAUACGGAUGAAAGAAUUCGGAAAUCGGAAAUAAUUAUACACUUGCAGUGAGACUAUAUACAUAAUCCAUAUACAUGGAGGUGGAAAAACUUAUGACAUUCGAUGCUCAGAUCGCCGACAUAACUGACGGAAAUACAGAGGCAAGGGAUCAAGAACCGGAAAUCAGAUGCGAAUCAGAAACUUUAGAUAUUAAACACAAUGGAGAGUCUGGAACUAAUGAAUCAAUCGUUACAGCUGUCCUAGAUAUUUCACAAUCUAAAGCAAAAUGGAACCUGCUUGUGCUGAGUAUAUGCUUCACAUUAAUGUUUUCUGCCUUCAAUUCUUUUGCCAAUAUCCAGAGCACAAUCAACAUCUCAGGCGGACUUGGGACAACCGGUCUGGCUAUCCUAUAUGCAACAAUGGUGGUGACCAACCUUUUUGUGACCGUCGUGACCCUGCCAAAACUUCGCUUCAAGCCUAUGUUGAUGAUAUCUAUGCUGUGCUACGUGUGCUAUAUGGCAACGGGAUACUAUUCCAGUUGGUACACCAUCGUUCCAGGAUCGAUCAUUAUUGGAUUUGGGGCAUCUCACUUGUGGCCGACCCAGCAGGCCUACGUUUCCGACUUGUCAAAGGCGUAUGCCGCACACACACGGAUGGAUGAAAUCAAAGCGUUGGUGCUCUUCAACGGCGUUUUCUUUGGUAUAUUUUAUACAUCGCAAGUAUGGGGCAACCUGUGUUUAUUUAUUGUGUUUAAUGGUGAAGCAGACAACGAAAAUCUAAUCAACAAUAGCACCCAGCAAUCGUUUUACAACAACACGACAGUAACUGUCCACGGGCGUAACCCAACUCCUUGCGGGUCGGAGUUUUGUACCUCCAAGCUACAAGGUGCUAGUCCUGUCACACAGCCAGCCAUGUUACAGGUUUAUUAUUUUACAACAUUUUGUGUCGGAUCCGGAUUGCUUUCAGUCAUUUUGUUGACAGUGUUCUUGCUUAAUAUUCGGUCAACGCAAACAGUCACACAGAAAGGACCUAAACACAAAGUAAAACAAGUGACGUCGAUGCUUUUUAGAUCGCAAAAACAACACCUCCUGAUUGCAUCUACAGUGAUGACUGGGAUGACACAGGCGUUUUUAUCUGGUGAUUUUACUGUGGCGUUCGUAAGUUGUCCGUACGGCAUUGAAAACGUCGGACUGAUGAUGAUAACGUACGGCGUAAGUAUGUCAGUAUCAGCCGUGGUGGCUGGUAAGAUAUCCCCACAAACAGGAAAUAUCCCGGUUUUCUCCCUAGCUGCAGUAUGUCAUAUAGCUGCGUUGCUAUGCAUGUUGCUAUGGGCACCGAAACCUGGAGAAAUAUAUGUGGUCUACAUAUUAUCUGCCAUAUGGGGUGUUUCAGAUGCCAUCAAUUCAACUAUUGGUCUGUCCCUCUACAUGGUGUACUUCAAGGCCAAACGGGACGCAGCUCUCUCCAGCUACCGGAUGCUCAGUUCCGUAGGUUGGGUGGUUUCCUUCGGGUACAGCGCCUGGAUGUGCACAUCCGUAAAACUUUAUAUUCUCAUUGCGGUCGUCGUCGUUUCGUAUGCGUCUGUAAUAGUUUUAGAAAUCAAACAUCGGCAAUGAG